AUGCCCGCCGAGUCUAUCUUUCCGGAUUUUGUCCUCGGCCAUCCAAGGCACCAGAAAAACAAGGUGAAAGAUGUGCCAUCGAGAAAAAAGCCCAAAGGAAGACCGCCAAAAGGCCUGAGAGACAGAGUGCCUUUCUAUGGAAGAUUGCCGCACUACACCGGCCCAUAUGAAGUGGGGGUUAUUGAUUUUGAGGUGCCCGCAAAAAGCCCUAGGACGUUCUCAGACAUCACCCGCCACGGCGUCCACGUGCUUGCGUUGGAGACAGUAUUGAUGACAAUCUACUACCCAGCCCAUUUGAAUGCCCGAUACGAUAUCAACACACCCACCUCAGGUCAAAGGCAUCGACCGACAUGGCUGACCCGACCUAGAGAUCAAACGAGUCGAGGCUACGCAUAUUUUGCAGGACUACCAGCAUAUUUGAUGAUUGCAUGGUUCUUCUGUACGACUUGGUUCACGAAACUACCAGCCUACAAGAAUGCAAGACUCGCGGAGCAUUGGCCUCCAUACGGGGAAGGCUGCACGAAUCACCGCAAGGCUACUAAGAAAGCAGGCGAUCCUCCGGCGACGGGACCAGAGAAACCGAAGUUUCCCCUCAUUCUCUUCAGUCACGGGCUUGGAGGCACGAGGACAUGCUACUCCUCUGUGUGUGGCGAGUUCGCGAGCCAUGGGUUCGUCGUCGUUGCGCUUGAACAUCGGGAUGGCAGUGGCCCCAGGACGUUAGUAACGCACCCGGACUCCGGUCCUGCUAGUCGAAAUUGCACGAAAGCCGAGGGUGGUGUGGAGCAUGAGAAGAGCUCCAUGAAAAGACCUUACGACAAAAUCGAUUUCAUAUUUCCGAAACACGACACGCAUGAUACAAGUCCCGGACACCAAAUCGACCAAGAAUUGCGGAACGCGCAAGUCGAUCUGCGACUGGCUGAGAUUGACGAAGCGUAUCAGAUCAUGUUGGAAAUAUGUGCUGGGGAUGGUGAGAAGGUUGCGGCAAGAAAUCUCAGGGUCAAUGGCGCGAUUGGCGCGUCAAGAGCCGGUUUAACAGGUGUUGACUGGAAAGGCUGGCAAGACCGAUUCCACACCAAUGGCGUGACCAUGGUUGGACAUUCGUUCGGAGCCACGACGACCGUGGAAGUGCUGCGACAGAAACAAAGAUUCAGUUACGUUACUCAAGGAAUCAUUUACGAUGUCUGGGGCAUGCCGAUUCGACCAACGGCUGAGGAGCGCGACAGUCGGAUACGUGUCCCGAUGCUAGGAAUCAACUCCGAAGCUUUCAUGUACUGGAAAGAUAACUUUGAAGUGGCCAAAAAGGUCACAAUGGAGGCCCUGGAGACUGGCCACCCAGCUUGGUUGAUGACCGUCCGCGGGACGGUGCACAUUUCACAGUCCGACUUCUGCAUCCUGUACCCGCACCUAGCGGGUUGGCUAAUGAAGAUGACCAUCGAUCCCAUCCGGGCCAUCGACCUGAACGUCGAUGCAUCGCUUGAAUUUCUUUCACGUGUCAUGCCCAAGGAGGUGCAGCAUGAACAGCCUUUCCUCAGGAGGUUGGCCAAGAGAAAGCUACUAGACUCGCAAGUCUUGACCGAUUUACCGACUGAGCACGCACCCGACGAGAACUACACCGCUGUUCGCCUGAAGAUAGAGCAUGAGACGCGAAAAAGGUUAACGCCAGGGGCAAAGAAGAAGUACUGGGACGAGAUUCGGAAGUCCGACGCGGGCGAAACUUGGCUGCACAUCAGCCCGGAUAGCGCACCAGACAUGGCGAGAUGCCAGACUUGUGCCCUCCCGAGAUGGGACGACGUCGAGAGGCCGACGAAGAGGGAUUGA